CUAAACUGCAGGAACAAACUGGCUCCACGGGAGACAAAAGUCAGUCCAGUAAAAACCCAGYUAAGAAGUCAGAACCUCCCAGCCCGUGUCAGUGUGUGUGUCACAGCAAGGCAGCGACGGGCCAACCAGAUGUUGUGGAUCUGACUGCAUCGCCCUGCAAGGACCCUGUGCAGACCCCACCCACAGCACCAGACCAUGCUUCAUUACCAGAAGAGUCUCAAAAUAAAGCAACUUUAGCGUCCCGUCUGUCUGAAAAGUUUCAAGCUUCUCUGGGUUCUCAGUCCGACCAAGAUGGUGACUUUCGAACAGACAGGAAACGCCUUCGUCCUGCAGAGCACAAGAGCCAUAAGAAGCAGCGUCUACAGAUGGGAGUUAUCUUCAUAGAUGAUGAAGAACCUGUGUUGGAAAAGGAGCCUUCAGGUGCUGAGAGGACAGGUGGAGCAGAUGGGUUGUCCUCAUCAUGCCAUGUCUCUGAACCCUGCACCCACUGCUCAUGUGAAUCAGCCAAAGACAGUGUGAAGGACAAAGACAAAGAUGCCAGAAAGAAGAUUCCAAAGAUCUUCUUUGGAACACGCACACAUAAACAGAUAACUCAGAUUGCACAUGAGAUGAAACGCACAAUCUAUUCCGGCGUGCAGAUGACCAUCCUGUCCAGCAGAGAUCACACCUGUGUCAAUCCAGAUGUGUCGCCUCAAUUCAGCCGCAACGAGCAAUGCAAGGAUCUGCUGGAGGCCAAAAAUGGCCGGUCCUGCCGGUACUACCAUGGUGUUCAGAGGAUGCGGGACCAGCACACACUACAGCGGGCUCAUGGACUGAAUGAAGCAUGGGACAUUGAGGACCUGGUCUCUCUAGGGAAACGGCUCCACUCGUGCUCUUACUACGCUGCUCGUGAACUCAUGCAGGGGGCUUCCAUCAUCUUUUGUCCUUAUAACUACCUGCUGGACCCGAUGAUCAGGGAAAGUAUGGAGAUUGACCUGGCAGGCCAGAUCCUGGUUCUGGACGAGGCCCACAACAUUGAAGACUGUGCAAGGGAGAGCGCCAGCUACACUGUAGAUCACAACUCUCUGCAAAUGUCCAUAGAUGACCUGGAUGGCAUGGUCAAAUGUAACAUUAGAGGCUCCAAGCAUGAGAGUCUCAGAGACUUCUGCUAUGUUCUUCUGAACUGGAUGAAAGAGAGCCAAGCCUUGCUGUCUGAACGUGGAUAUGAGGUUGCCUGCAAAGUCUGGAAUGGAAAGGAUAUUCUGAGCAUCUUUCAUGACUUGGGCAUAACAGCUGACAGCGUCAAAAGGCUGGAGCAACACCUGUCAGGUGUGUUGGAGAAGGAGGAGCGUGUUGGUGUGGUCAAUGGUAAGGAGGACAUGGUAUUGGUCCCAACCAUAAACUCCUCUACCUCCGCUGUGCUCAAGAACCUCUUCAUGGUCCUGGAUUUUCUCUACAGGAACAACCGCCGGUUUGCUGAAGAUUACCGCAUAGCUUUGCAGAGGACCUAUGCCUGGACAAAUCAGGUCCCGCCUGAUGUCCCUGAUGCCCGUGGCUUUUUGGUCCGGGCGCGCCCUCGACAUCGCCAGAACGUGCGGGUCAAGAAAGAAGUCCUAACUCUGAGUUUCUGGUGCCUCAACCCAGCUGUGGCUUUCUCUGACUUGAGUGGGCUGGUGCACAGCAUUGUGCUGACAUCAGGAACUCUGUCACCCAUGGACUCGUUUUCCUCUGAACUGGAUGUGAAAUUUAGCAUUCAGCUGGAGGCCAACCAUGUGAUCAAGAAAUCUCAGGRUUGGGUGGGAACCGUUGGUGCGGGACCCCAUGGUCGAACUCUGUGUGCCACCUUCCAGCACACAGAAACGUUUGCCUUUCAGGAUGAGGUGGGUGCCUUGCUGCUCCACGUCUGUCAGGUCACAGCCAAGGGUGUGCUCUGUUUCCUGCCGUCCUAUAAGAUGUUGGACAAGCUGCGAGAUCGUUGGGUCAACACUGGCCUGUGGGAAAAGCUAGAACAUCAGAAAACUGUCAUCACAGAGCCUCGCGGGGGUGGCAAAGGAGAUUUCGAUGAGCUUCUGCAGAUAUACUACAACACUAUUAAAAACUGCACAGGGAUGGAUGGGGCACUGCUCAUGGCUGUGUGCAGGGGUAAGGUCAGUGAAGGCCUAGACUUUACAGAUGACAAUGCCAGAGCAGUGGUCACAAUUGGCAUUCCCUUUCCAAACAUCAAAGACCUCCAGGUGGAACUGAAGAUGAAGUACAACGACCAGCACUGCAGGUCCAGAGGGCUUCUUUCUGGCCAUCGCUGGUACGAGAUUCAGGCCUACCGAGCUCUCAACCAGGCCCUGGGCAGGUGCAUCCGCCACAGGAAUGACUGGGGUGCCUUAAUCCUUGUGGAUGACCGGUAUGGGAACAAUCCCAACAAGUACAUCACAGGUUUGUCCAAAUGGGUCCGUCAACUUGUCCAGCAUCACAGAACCUUCAGUAACGCCAUGCAGUCUCUGGUAGCAUUCUCUGAGAGGCAGCAGAAAGUGGAGGGGGCCUGUGCUGACACCCAGACCCUCGGCUCUGUUGGCUUAUUAACCAGGAGCCAAAGUCUGCCUGAAKGUCCAGAGUCAGGCAGCUCAUGUGACAAAACAGCUAAAGCCCAGCAGGACACAAGUACACAACUGAAAACUGACCAGGGUAAAGAAGCAGAACCAUUGGAGACGCUGCAGUUUGCUCCUGGUGAACGAGGAGCCGCCAAGCCUCUGUUUAGCAUCUUCACCUGCAGCCCCGUAAGCACCAACUUCAAGAAGCCAAUAUUUAAAGAAAAAACACCAAGUGAUUCCUGCCCGUCAGAGACAAUCCAAAUGUCCUCGCCAUCAGUGAAUCCUGAGCAGAGGACUGAAAACUGCUCCAGUGAAACCAGAGCAGACCCCACCACAACCCCCCUCAGCUGUGAGAGUGAAACACCCAAAUCUGAUGAUGAGGAUAAGACUAUUUUCUUUACUCCAGAGCUUUUUGAGGGUGAAGAAGAUGAAGGUAGCCCACAAAAAAAGAAUUCUGAGCCAACUCCCACCCCACCCCCGCCGUCAGCCUCCGCUGUGGAAAGACAGGAUUGUGUGUCACAAGAACCGAUCAAGGACAUGAGAGAACAGAAACAAAGUGAGGAAGGAGAGGGCUAUGAGACCCAAAGCAGACAGAGCAGCAGCAGAUCUCACAGGCUGUCCAGGUCCAGGAAGAGAGCCCCCCCCUCACUCAGACAGGUAACCACAAAACUCAGCAAUCAAACUAGACACAUGCAGUUAGAAUUUCUAUCAGGUUAAUAUUUGUGUUUAUUAUUAUUAUUUUGCCUUUUUUCAUGUGUCGAGCUGUGAAGUAAGAAUGUCACAACUGCCUCAGGCAAUUAGCUGACACCAUAAUACCCAACACAUUCAGCCAUCUCAGGUCAGCUUCUGAUGAAGUGUGACAGCUCAGCUUAUGAAAGCCUUUCUUAGUUUAAAAAAAAGCAUAACUAACAAACGACAAUAAAAUAUCUGCACAAACAAAUUUUUCUGCCUUCUAAUCAUUAGGUUCCAAAGCAGGAGCUCAUCUGUGRUCCACAGACAUUAUUUAUGUAAUCAGUUCAGUUUAAUGAUGUGUCUGUAGCUAACGGCUGACAACAUGCAUCACGCUUGAUUUAACCUAAAGAGGGGACUAUUUUACGUUUUAAUUUUCUUAUAAAUUGAUUUUGUUCUGUAAAUUCAAGUGAUGACGGCGGGUUCAUAUACUUUUGUCUCAAUACAUUGACAUUGAAAGACACAAUAAAAAUAAAACUUACAGUUUUGUUUAUGUUA